AUGGAUAAGAUAACCAUUAAUUUACCGUUUGAAACAUUAACUCAAGUAUUCCAAAAUUUAUUUGAAAUUUACGGUUGUUCUGUAAAAAAUUGCAUUUAUGUCAACAAAUCAUGGGCUAUAGCUGCACUUCCAAUAUUAUGGAGAGCUCCGUUUACGAACACUGACAACUCUAUAAAAUUGAUUGAGACUUUACUCUCCAAUCUUCCGGAAAAUAAAAAAAUUGCUCUUACCCAAAAUUUAUCCUCAAAAUGGUCAAAAUGUUUAUCAAAGAAUACCACAAUGUAUAAUUAUGCUGAAUGGAUACGUGAACUUCCUUUCGAAUUGAUUUUUAAUUCCAUUCGUUGGUGGUUGGAUAGCCCUAUACCGCAAAAGAAGAAGAAAAAACUACUUCAUAAUAAAGUUUAUAAUACUUCAAAUGACCAUGAACAAAUUAACAAAGUUCAAGAUGUUUACUCUAUUUUAAUUCCCUUCAUUUUUGAAUCAAGUAAAGGUUUGUAUACUCUUGAUCUCACUUUUCAACCUGGACAAUCUCGUCUACUCAACUUGUUAGAACAAAUAGAAAUUUCAAACGAAUCUUUGAGAUCAAUCACUGAUUUAUACUGUCAUAGUAUAAUUCCAAAAAAUUUUUACGGAGCUCUUAAAAAAGUAACUCGAAAAUUAAAAAGAUUACAUUUAAAUCAUCCACAACAAGAAGAGGAUGUUACUGAUUUAGCUGAACUUAUUCGUCAUCAAAAAGGUCUUCAAUCAAUAAGGCUAAAUAAUUCUAGAACAAAAAUAUCAAUGUUACUUCAAAGUUUUAGUAGUCAAGCUGCUACCUUAACGACUCUUCGACUUCAUACAAUUCUUCUUAUGAAUAAGGGAUUGGAUGCUUUAGGAACUCUAGUAAAUUUGGAAACUUUAGAAAUAAAAAGGAGUAGAACUUCUCUAUUUUAUGCUUAUGAUCCACCUGAUCCGUUAUGGAUUAUGCCACACUUAAAAAAAUUACAUUUGAUAGAAAUUCGUGUGUGGGGUGAUAUGUCAGCCAUACAUUCUAUUUUGAAAAAGACUGUUCCAGUACUAGAUGAAUUAGUAAUUAGUCAGUUUCUUUCAAUCAAUAAUGCCAUUCAAUUAGCUAUCAAUAAAAGAUUACCUCUAAGACAAGAAGAAAAUUCUAAAAUGACUAUUACUUUUACUAGAUAG